UUGGAUCCGGCUGGCCCUUGUUUUACUAAGGCCGCGCUUGAAGAGCAGCUGAGGUCUGGGAACGCGGAGUAUGUCGAAGUAUAUCACUGUAAUGCGGGACAUUUAGGUACUAACAAUGUAAUAGGAGAUAUAGAUUUCUUUUUUAACGAAGAAGGAAAGAUUCAGCCCGACUGCCGAAGUUUGAGCGACGAUGACUUGGACAAAUGUUAUCACAAAGUUUGCGUAAAGUAUUGGACGAGAACGGUUCAUCAACCAAAUUUGUUUUCGGCCCUGGCUUGUCCGACAUAUAAAGCGUUUUCGGAAGGCCGAUGUAAUAACAGUAAAACGACAAUGGCCGGACAUUCGAACCCGGGGAAUGCUACAGGAAUAUUCUACUUGUUAACUGAAUUUGAUCAAGAAUAA